AUGCUGGAAGAUGGACGUAGUAAAGGAUUUGGAUUUGUUUGCUUUUCUUCACCUGAGGAAGCAACUAAGGCUGUAACAGAGAUGAAUGGUAGGAUUGUUGGUACUAAACCUCUGUAUGUUGCCCUAGCGCAAAGAAAGGAAGACCGCAAAGCUCAUUUGGCGUCUCAAUAUAUGCAGAGAAUGGCCAACAUGAGAAUGCAGCAAAUGGGACAGCAGAUCUUCCAGCCAAAUGCAGGCGGUGGAUACUUCGUUCCAACACUUGCCGCCCAGCCGCAACGUUAUUACACUCCAGCACAGAUGACACCAAUAAGAGCAAAACCACGCUGGACUGCACAACCCCAAGUGCGUCCUAAUGCUCAGGGCACUGCUUCGACAUUUGGAAAUUUGCCUUUCCGUGCUGCUCCAAGACCUGCAGCGCAGCCAACUUCAAUUCGAAACCAACUGUCUGCAAGGUCAAUUACAGGUCAACAGUCCGUUGGAGCGGGUAGCAUCCAGGGCCGUCCAAUGGGUGCUCCAACUGUGUCAGUUUCUGCUCAGGGAGGUCCUGCUACAUACAAGUACACAGCUAAUAUGCGUAACCCACCACAACCAAUGCCUGUGGCACAGCAACCGCCUGUACAGCAGGCUGUGCACAUUCAAGGCCAAGAACCACUGACUGCCUCAAUGUUGGCUGAGGCUUCCCAUCGUGACCAGAAACAGAUGUUGGGAGAACGUCUGUUCCCCUUAAUUCAGCAUAUGUAUCCAGAAUUAGCUGGGAAAAUUACUGGAAUGUUACUGGAGACUACUGCACAGUUCCAGUGCCCUGGUGGUGAAUGUGAGUACUUCGUGUGA